AUGUCUCCGUUACGUUCUUUCUUCGUUCAUUCUUCUGAUUACAUUUUUCUUCUUUCUUUCUUUCUUUCUUUCUUUUCGUUGAAAUAUUCCACUUUCUUCCAUUCUUUCUUUCUUCUCAUUCCAUUCUUUUUUCGUGUUUCUUUAAUUUUUCUUUCUUCCCUUUACACUCUUCUCUUUUCUUUCUUUCUUUCUUCUUGCAUUCUUCCUCUUUCUUACUUUCUUUCUUCUUAUUACAUUCUUCUUUCUUUCUUUCUUUCUUUCUUUCUUUCUUUCUUUCUUCACGAUACAUUCUUCUUUCUUCCUUCUCGUUAUAUUGUUGUUUCUUUCUUAUUACAUUUUUCUUGUUUCUUUCUUUCUGUUUUCUCGUUACGUUCUUUUCUUUCAUUCUUCCCAUUACAUUCUUUCUUUCUUUCUUUCUUUCUUUCUUUCUUUCUUUCUUCACAUUACAUUCUUCUUGCUUCAUUCUUUUUCUUUCAUUCUUUCUUUCUGCUUUUUCGUUACAUUUUUCUUCUUUCUUUCUUUCUUUCUUUCUUUCUUUCUUUCAAUCGGCUGACUAUAUUUAAACUGAACACUAGACGUCUACUUAAUACUAUACUAUACAUUUUUCUCCCUAUUUUCUCUCUUCUUAACUCACUCACCAUCUAUCUAUCUAUCUAUCUAUCUAUCUAUCUAUCUAUCUAUCUAUCUAUCUAUCUAACCUUAUUUCAGCCUCUCUCUUUCUUUCUUUCUUUCUUUCUUUCUUUCUUUCUUUUUUCCUACAUUCAACUCUAUUCUUUCUUUUAUUCUUUCUUUCUUUGUCAUAUUAUUUUCCUUUCUUCCUAUCUUUCUUUUUUUCUUUCUUUCUUUCUUUAUUCAGCACAUUUCUUGCUUUCUUUCUUUCUUUUUCAGCUCAUUUCUUUCUUUCUUUCUUUUUUUCUUUCUUUCUUUCACUUCCUUCUCUAUAAUUGGUUGCCGACUGGGCUAAAAAUCUUUCAUUUCCUGUUUGUACUCCACCGGUUUUUUUUUUACUUACUAUCACUCUUUUGUAACAACUUCAAUAUUUUUCCUUUUCUUUCAUUUUUUCUUUUCCUUCCUUUUCUUUCUUUCUUUCUUUCUUUCUUUCUUUCUUUCUUUCUUUCUUUUCUUUCCUUCUUUCUUUCUUUCUUUCUUCCUCAUCCACCUCUUUUCUUUCUUUCUUUCUUUCUUUCUUUCAUUCUUUCUUUCUUUCUUUCUUUCAGGUCUUUUCUUUUUUUUUCAUUCUUUCUUUCUAUCAUUCUUUCUUUCUCUAUCUUUUCUUUCUUUAUUUCUUUUUCUUUAUUUCUUUCUUUCUUUAUUUUCUUUCUUUCUUUCAGUUCCUUACUUGUACUUCUUUUCUUUUCAUUUAUUCAUUCCUUUCUUUCUUUUUCCAUCUUAUACUUCUAUUCUUUUCUUUCUUUCUUUCUUUCUUUCUUUCAGUUCCUUUCUUUCUUUUUCCAUAUUGUACUUCUAUUCUUUUCUUUCUUUCUUUCUUUCUUUCAGUUCCUUUCUUUCUUUUUCCAUCUUAUACUUCUAUUCUUUUCUUUCUUUCUUUUUUCUUUCUUUCUUUCUUUCUUUCUUUCUUUCUUUCUUUCUUUCAGUUCCUUUCUUUCUUUAUCCAUAUUGUACUUCUAUUCGUUUCUUUUUCUUUCUUUCUUUCUUUCUUUUCUUUCUUUUCUUUCUUUCUUUCUUUUUCAGUUCCUUUCUUUCUUUUUUUUUUAUUGUACUUCUAUUCUUUUCUUUUAUUCUUUCUUUCUUUCUUUCAGUUCCUUUCUUUUUUUUUUUCCAUAUUGUACUUCUAUUCUUUUAUUUCUUUCUUUCUUUCUUUCUUUCUUUCUUUCUUUCUUUCUUUCUUUCUUUCUUUCAGUUCCUUUCUUUCUUUUUCCAUAUUGUACUUCUAUUCUUUUAUUUCUUUCUUUCUUUCUUUCUUUCUUUCUUUCUUUCUUUCUUUCUUUCAGUUCCUUUCUUUCUUUUUCCAUAUUGUACUUCUAUUCUUUUUUCUUUCUUUCUUUCUUUCUUUCAGUUCCUUUCUUUCUUUUUCCAUCUUAUACUUCUAUUCUUUUCUUUCUUUCUUUCUUUCUUGCUUUCAGUUCCUUUCUUUCUUUUUCCAUAUUGUACUUCUAUUCUUUUCUUUCUUUCUUUCUUUCUUUCUUUCUUUCAGUUCCUUUCUUUCUUUUUCCAUAUUGUACUUCUAUUCUUUUCUUUCUUUCUUUCUUUCUGUUCCUUUCUUUCUUUUUCCAUCUUAUACUUCUAUUCUUUUCUUUCUUUCUUUCUUUCUUUCUUUCUUUCUUUCAGUUCCUUUCUUUCUUUUUCCAUCUUAUACUUCUAUUCUUUUCUUUCUUUCUUUCUUUCUUUCUUUCUUUCUUUCUUUCUUUCUCUUUCUUUCUUUCUUUUCUUUCUUUCUUUUUUUUCCAUCUUAUACUUCUAUUCUUUCUUUCUUUCUUUCUUUCUUUCUUUUCUUUCUGUUUCCUUUUUCUUUUUUUUUCAUCUUAUACUUCUAUUCUUU